UUAAUUUUUUUCCUUUCUAAUUCCGUCGGUUAUUGACGCUACUGUUCUCCUUCCUUCCCCUCUCCUCUUCUCCGGUCUUUGCUCGUGGGGGCGAGAUGGCGGCGGGCGGAAAGGUCUCCUUCAAGAUCACGCUCACCUCCGAUCCCAAGCUCCCCUUCAAAGUUUUCAGUGUCCCGGAGGCGGCGCCCUUCACUGCGGUGCUGAAAUUCGCCGCGGAGGAGUUCAAGGUCCCUCCUCAGACCAGUGCCAUCAUCACCAACGAUGGCGUGGGUAUUAACCCACAGCAAAGUGCAGGAAUGAUUUCCUACAGGGGAAAUUAUACUCGAGGAAGAAUGUCUUUCCGAGGUGGCAAGGGAUGCAGCGGCAAUCCGCUUCCUAUGAGUUCGGCCAAUUUGCUGUCUCAUAUUGGCAGAUGACACAACGGAGAAUCACAAGACCCCAAUGAAGAAGAAGUACAAUCUACUCCUACAAAAGACGUGGGACAAAAUCUUAUUCACCAGGCCCCGCAAAAGAGCGGUGAAAACCAAUCCAAGCAAAGGCAAAGAGCCAGCUCAAUGAAGGACUGACAGAGCAAUCUCCGUUGGAGUCAUGCAUAUGACCCAUCAACAUCAACUUUUGAGUCACCGACAACUUCUACGGUGGAAAACAGAGACGACGAAAAGAAUCUACCUUCGGCGCCACCAACUUUUUCCAAAAGCAACUUUAUGUGCCUUACUUUUGACUUUGGGAAAGACAUCUCUACAUCAUCCGACAGAAGGCAUCUUUCAAAGACAUCAGCAUCAACUUUUGCCAGAAUUAUUGGUUAAUUCGGACGGAAGAAAAACAUCUUCCCAACAAAGGGAAUCCCCUUUUUAAAAAGCAAAUCAGCUUUAAGUCUUUUCUUUUUUUCCUUUUGUAAAGUCUCUUACUUUAAUCUUUUUAUGCUGGCCACUUGGCUAAGCUUAUCAGACGGACUUCAGAGCUAUCUAAAAUCCUGUUUUAUUUUCUGUCUAUAAAAGGGAAGGACCUCACCCUUGUUGAGACAGAACUUAGAACUCGCUUGGAGAAAUAAUCUUUUGUUUCCUCACUUCCGUUCUAAGCUUGCUUCCGUUUC